AUGGAAGAUCACAGGGCUAUUAUAGCUGCUAAGGUGGGUGUCUUGACUACCCUGGAGCAGCUGCUCAUCGAUGGUGCUCUGGGCCAGAAUGUUACUGACUGUCUCAGAGCAGGCCUGGUCCAUCAUGUGUCAUGGGCAGCCAGGCUAGAGUGCCUCAAGUUCUUGGUACUGCAAGCAAAGCUUCCUGGGAAUCAGAAAGCAAACAAUGGUGCAACUGUGGCACAUAAUGCAGCAGCUGUAGGCAACUUGGCUGAAUUGCAGUAGCUGAUCAAAGAUGGAGGAUACAGCAUGCAGGAGGAAGAUGCUUCUGGGGCUUCUCCCCUCCACUUGGCUACCUGCUGAGGACAUUCAGAAGCUGUCAAGUGGCUGGUCCAGGCAGGCUACAGCACUUCAUCCAAGACCUGGAAGAGAGCAGUGCCAGCACAUUAUGCAGCUGCCAAGGGAGGUCUCAUGUGCAUUGCCAGGUCUACCCAGGCUUUCAACAGUUAUGUGAACAAGCAGACUCGGAGUAGAGCUACUCUAUUGUACCUUGCCUGCCAGGAGGGCCAUCUGCAUAUCAUCCAAUUCCUUGUGAAGGACUGUGCAGCUCACGUGUACCUGAGAGCGCAUGAUGGCAUAAGAGUGUUGCAUGAAGCAGCUGGUAGUAGCCACUAUGCUGUUGUCAUCUGGCUGAUGCACCAAGAUAAAGACGUCUUCAGUCUUUUCAUCUUUCAAGGUGAUUCAGGUACUCCCAUCACUUUGAGCAUGGACAAAGAAAGGUACAGAGUCUUUUGCAAAGUCUGGAAUCCAGUUGCUGAAAACCAGCACUUGUACAAAAGGCAACUGCAGCAACAUGUGAAAGAAAGGAUCACCAUUAUCCUGCAACCUUCCCUGAUAAUCAGCUUUGGAGCCCAGGAUGUGACCACCGCACUUCAUUUUGCUUCCAGAGAGGGCCAUGCUGCCAUUGAGGACAGACCAUUCCUUAUGGGUGCUGAGGUGGUGCUAGACCACUGGAGAGGAACCCCUCUGCAUGAUAAAGCAGAGAAUGGGCAGCUGAAGCAGCCCAUGAGACCAUUUCAGACCCAUGUAAAUCAUACAUCAGGGAUGCAGAAAAAAGAAAUGAGCAACAGUUUCCAAAAAGCAACUGCUCCAAAGAUCUGCACCAAAGCUCAGGAAUCCAAAAAAUUGGUAGCUGAACUAAAGAUCAGUAAAUCUCUUCAGAAGGGAGAAAAAAGAGAGCAACCAGAUAUCACCAGACCAAGUACCCUCCUCAUAAUGCUGGAUGAGCUGGGAGCCUCAGACAUUGAUGCUCUUGUGCCUACCCAUGAUGAGCAAGGUUGUUCCAUCCCAGAGUGGAAGCGGCAGGUGAUGGUGAGGAAAUUGCAGGCUCAGCUGGCCUCUGAAGAAGGAAUGAGCAGAAAGAACAAGGAAGGCUGUGCUCUGGAGCUAGAUGACUGGCGGUAUUCCCAAGCCCACAAUGCCAUCCUGGGCCCCUAUGGGGAGCUGUUGACUGAGGAUGACCUACUCUAUUUAGAGAAGCAGAUGGAAAAGCUGCAGAUGAGGAAGAAAUGCCAGGAGUAUGAGAACGAGCUAGGACGCCUAACAGAGGAAUUGCAGACAGUUCUCCCAGCUCCCAUUGUUAAUAUCACAGUCAACAGUCAGCUUCUGCAGCAAGGGUCUGAGGAGGACAGCCAGCAGCUCCCUGCCUGGUGCAGCCACAUGUCUGGAGUGGUGAAAAGCAUGUCCCUGUUGCUUAACAACAUCAGUGGAAUGAAAAAAGAAGAGAAUGAGAGAUUAGUGCCAAAGGUACUUCCUAAGUCAAGAAAGACUGAUAUUAUUUCAGGAGGGUCUGCCAAGAGAGAGAUCCUGGAGUGUGGUGUCUCUGUAAGAAACCUAAGAGGUAGUUUUGAAAAACGAGCUCUCUUGGGACAGCACAAACCCUUUGAGCUCCAAGGAGUCAAGGCCAUACCCUGGGAGCAUGGGGCAGGCAAGGAGACAACUCCACAAACAUUGUCUGAUGUUUAUGAGGGCAAGAAGAAAUUGCUCUGCGAGGAUCAUGAGUUUGGAGACAUGGAGAAUGCCAGUGAUUCUGGAAUCAGCUGUGAGGAGGCCUCCUCUGAUAGGACUAGAUCUCUUGCAUCCAUAGCAGAGUCUAGCAUGCUCCGAAAGGAACGUAUUGUACUGCUUUUUUUAAGCCACUGGAAGAAAUCUGCCUACACACCUUCCUUGAAGCUCAUGGCUAGGAAGACUAUAAAAGCCCCAAACCCUGGAAAGGUGGGGCUGGUAGAAGUUAUGGCAGAGGUGAAGAAGCAGCUCCCUCCUAUGCAGAAGCCUUUAGUGGAAAUGAGCAAGCUUGGCCAUUUAGUUCGACAGAGAUGUGCUAUCAAAAAUCUAAUUGGCCGCUGGAGAGACAUAAUCUCUCUUGUACCAUCUCGGAAGAUCACACGCAUCAAUUGCCAGCACACAGUCUAUUCCCCAGAACAGUUUCUGCCAUAUGUGAAUGGUGAGCCUGCUGAUUACAAUAGUUUAACUCUUGACCUGUUUAUGCUGGGUUAUUUCCACAUCCUAGAGCUGGACCUUUCCCCUGAAGAACGGAAGAGAAGACAUCUUCUUUGUUUUGAAGUCUUUGACCACUUGGGUAGGCAUCCAUGGGAAACAGUACGUGCUUUUCACAAAGCAGUGAUCGAUGAGGUAGCUGCAGGCAAAAGAAGCUGGAAAGAUAGCUUGGAGGACAUUAAGACAAGGUUUUUUGGUAACCCAAUAAAUAACAUGGAACUCAAACCAUCACCUGUGGAAACAAAUUUGAAAUCAACACCCAAAUUUAGGGCCCAGAGUGUGGUUCUUGAGCAGGGAGAUAGUGAACCACAAAAAUGCUUUGAGCUAGGAAUCUUCAGCAAUGAUGAAAUCUGCAGGUACAUUGACAGGAGUUUUGCCUUCUGGAAAGAAAAAGAAGCAGAGAUGUUCAGUGUUGAGGGUUCAUGCCCUCCGUUGCAUUAG